AUGGUCGACUCGAAGAAGCCUGUUCUCGCCGUCAUCGGCUCCGGCUGGGGCGGCUUCACCCUGACCCAGAAGAUUGACCUGUCAAAAUACACCGUCAAGGUGAUCUCGCCCAUCCGCACGAUCCAGUACACCCCGCUCCUUGCCAGCGCAGCAUGCGGCCUCUUCAACUUCCGCAUGGCGGAGGAGCCCGUCCGCCGAAAAAGCCGUACGGACAUGAGCUACUACAAGGCCUUCGCCGAGGACAUCGACUUUGAGAAGCGGGUCAUCCGGUGCAAGUCCGACACGCACAUCAAGGGCGACGACGAGGAGCCCGAGUUCUUUGACGUUGAGUACGACAAGCUGUGCAUCGCGCCGGGGUGCGAUAUUCAGGACUUUGGGACGCCCGGUGCGAGCAAGCAUGCUUUCUUUCUGAAGACGACGAACGAUGCGCGUUUGAUUCAGCAGAGAAUUUUGGAGAUUAUGGAUAAGGCGUCGCUGCCGACGACGACGGAGCAGGAGCAGAGAGAUCUUUUGAGCAUCAGGAUUGUGGGCGGCGGGGCGAUUGGUAUCGAGGCUGCGGCGGAGUUGUGGGAUCUGUGGUUUGAGGAGAUGAGGUUCUUGUUCCCCCAGUUGGAUGGAAAGUUGACGAUCACGAUCCAUGAUGUCGCGCCUUCGAUUUUGUCGACAUUCGAUGCCAGAUUGAGCGAGUACGCGACACAGAGUUUGGAGGGGAAACAAGUUGCGCUCAAGACUUGCUCGCACAUUUCGUCGGUGGAGCCUGAUGGGAUCAUCACGAAAGAGGAUGGGAGGUUGCCUUCAGGCCUGAUCAUUUGGGCUACAGGGAACAAGGCAAGCUCGCUGGUGCAGAAGCUGGAUGUCAAGAAGCCCGAACACGGACUACCGAGGAUACUGACGGACAAGUACUUGAGGGUUUUGCGGCCUGAUGGGAGCCCAAUGAAGGAUGUGUACGCGUUGGGUGAUGCAGCAGACAUUGAUGGGGUGUCACUGCCCACGCUAGCUGAGGUGGCAUUGCAGAAGGGAGAAUAUCUCACCACGACAUUGAACGGAAGGGAAGAAGAUGUGAAACCGUUUGGUUACAAGCAGAGGGUUCUGCUGGCAUACUUGGGACGCCACGAUGGUAUCAUUGGAGGGCGACAGGAAUGGACUGGAAUGAGUGCUUGGCUGGCUUGGAGAUCUGGGAGUUUGGGUUGGACGAGAAGCUGGAGGAGGAAAAUCAUGAUCAUGAUCAGCUGGAUAUUCGUCUGGCUAGGUGGACGAGAUAUCGUGAGGCCGUAG